AUCGCAAAAGACCAGAAGACACGACUGUCAUCCCACAAACACCGCUUCCGCUACCACCUCCGCUAUGUUUCUUCAACCAUCCUGAUACACAAACCCUCUUUAAACCUCACCCCCGCAACCAAAACAAGCAUGCUGAACCCCAAAGGCUCCGGUCUCCGCCGCGUCAAAAAAUUUCCCUCCUCAUCCGUGCUCGAGAGUGAAUACCACAAUUCAGCUCCCCCUCCUGUUGUUCUGAGCACCACGCAGACCGCUAGCCAAUCUCUUGCGAACAUUACGAACCACCCGCCAGCAGCCAAGCGCGCACGCUCUCAAUCACAGUCUCAAUUUGACGGCCCCAAAUACCCGGUAAGCAACAAUCAACGAUAUGCACGCAAGGCUACCUCGAGUGCGCAACUAGUACCAAAACCAAAUGCAGCGAUCGAAAGCCUUAUAAGCAGGCCCCCGUCAAACCUCGUAGAGGCGUUGCAAGAUUUACGGUAUCUAAUUCUUACGGAGGGAAUACAGGCGGAUAGCGAUGGAAAUGUAUGAUCUUUUGUCGCCAGAUUGCCCAUAUGAACAUCAGUUGCUGAUUAUUGCGGGAUCAGUCCCCCCUGAGGAUAUACAUCUGGUCUAUACUGCUGGGCAUAAGUCCGAUGCGCACGAGCGAUUAUGUUUCCCUUGUCCGCCGUGGAGCUUCUAGCAGUUAUUCCAAGAUCCGCAACGAUACGUUCAGGACUCUUGCCACUGACCCCCUAUUCCGUCGGAGGGUCUCUGAGGCCUCGCUGAUUCGGCUUUUAAACGCAUUUCAGUGGAAAAUGCGAGAUUCUGGUACCGACGCGCAAUACGUUCAGGGGAUGAACGUCAUUGCCGCCCCUUUUCUCUACGCCGCGAGAAGCGAGGUGGAAGCAUUCUCCCUUUUUUCGGUGUUUAUCCAGAGAGAGUGUCCGGGCUAUGUUAAACCAACAAUGGAGGGUGUCCACCGUGGACUCAAAGUAAGUUACAUAUACAUCUCCAAAAUCUAUGAUCGGCUACUUUGUUUGGUUUUCCAAGAUAUGCUAACUCAGAUAUAGCUGGUGGACCAAUGCUUGGAAACGGUCGAUCCGAAAUUAUAUGCUCACUUACAGUCGAAGUUUCUCUCCGCAGAACUAUAUGCCUUCCCCUGUAUGUCAAUUUGCGGAUCCAUAGAUCCUAUCCCCGGUACCAGAUUUCCAAGCUAACAUGCGAUUAUUUGCAGCUGUCUUAACACUCUCAGCAUGCACACCUCCGCUUCCCGAGGUGCUAAAGUUAUGGGAUUUCCUCUUGGCAUAUGGGGCCCAUCUCAACAUUUUAUGCGUAGUCGCGCAGUUGCUGUUGAUGCGGGACGAGUUGCUGGUCGCUCAAAGGUAUACAGUCCCCUUCGUGGCGCGUUGCUACUGUCCAGCCCCCUAUAAUAUAUGCUAACUCUCCACCCCGCAUCUACAGUCCAAUGAAACUCCUACGGCAAUUUCCACCCUUGAACGCAAAAAUGAUUGUCAGCGUCGCUGUGAGCUUAGUGCGAAAGAUCCCAGAGGAACUUUUUGAGGAGCUCGUGAACCACGCGCGAUGAUCAUGGCGGUGCAGUCGGUCAGUCAGCGAUAACGAAUUGCACCUUUGGGGGCGCACAUGGUUCCCAUAGUUUCCUCUGCCCAACAUAUUCGCGCCUCCUUCUCUUUUGUUAUUCUCGGUGGCCGAUUUUAGCUUCUUGAUAUGUCUUUUUAUACAACUGUUUUUCUUAUUCCUGUUGGGAUGGUAGGGGUGGGGGUUCACGGGAUUUUGGGUUCACUAAAUGUAUUAUCAUGGGUUAGUUGGGGGGGAUUGGCUCGGGGGGCCUGGUGCACAGAGUUGCUUUUUGUCCGUUUUUGUUUUUGCCUCACUUUUCUGUUUUGCCUGGUUUCUCCCUUGAGACGUCCGGGUCUGACGUUUCUUUUUCCCUUUCCCGUUUGUUCCCUUUUGCCUACUUUGAUGUUUGCAAUCUUUCAGAUAUCCAUAUGCCCAGUCAUUGCUUGGCACGGUAUGAUAAUCCAUUGCGUUUUCUCCUGUUUUAUCGUUUGUUAUUUCUUCUCUUUGAUUAGGUAUCUACAAGUAAGGAGGCCUUUGUCAGGAAUUAAAAUCCAGUUGCUAAGCU